AUGGUUCUCGCACAGCCGGAAAACAAACACGUACUCAAGGCUUUUGACCUUUCAGGCAAAGUCGCAGCUGUGACUGGUGGCGCGCGUGGUAUUGGUUUGGAAGUGUCAAUAGCACUGGCAGAAUCAGGAGCUGAUGUAGCCCUGAUCUAUAAUUCAUCUAAGACGGCUGAAUCACUUGCAACAGACAUAGCAGCCAAACACAACGUCAAAGCAGCCGCAUACCAAGCCGACGUGGCGAACCAAGAAGACAUCGAAAAGGCAAUCAAGCAAAUCACCGCGGAUUUCGGGAAACUAGAUAUCAUUGUCGCAAAUUCAGGAAUCUGCUCCAACGUUCCUGCAGAGGACUACACUACUGAACAAUGGCACAAUAUUACCAAGGUUAACUUGGACGGUGCAUUUUAUACCGCCCAGGCUGCGGCCCGGAUCUUCAAGGAGCAGGGAUACGGAAAUGUUAUUUUCACGGCGUCUGUUAGUGCGACUUUGGUGAAUGUGCCUCAGAAACAAGCUGCCUAUAAUGCCUCGAAGGCUGCGGUUGUUCAGAUGGCUAAGUGCCUGUCGGUUGAAUGGAUAGAUUUCUGUCGUGUGAACUGUAUCUCUCCUGGAUUUAUUGCCACGGAUAUUCUGGACAUUCAUCCCAAAGAGUGGCGGGAGAAAUGGUUCGAUAUGAUUCCGGCUAAACGGAUGGCUGAGGCUUAUGAGCUUAAGGGUGCGUAUGUAUUCUGCGCUUCUGAUGCGUCGAGCUACAUGACUGGUGCCAAUAUUGUUAUUGAUGGUGGCUAUUCUCUCCCUUGA